AUGGCGGACGAAGAGAGACCUAUCUUUAGCGCCGUGUCGAGCUCAGCGCGUCAGUUGUUUCUUUUGCUCCGAUGCGUGAGCUUCGCUCCAAGCGCUCAAGUGCAGAUUUCAGAUGAAGGCUUGCGGUUCUCGGUGGAAGAGUCAGGGGUUAUGGAAGGUAUGGUCUUCCUUGAGAAGACUCUCUUUACGUCUUAUCAGUUCAACGGACCCACCACGUCCUCGCCAAACACCGAUUCUUCCGAGCACGUAGGGUCUGCUGCACCAAUGUUCACCAUCUCGCUACUAUCCCUUUUGGAAACCCUCCAACUAUUCGGUCUUACUGCAGACAAUAGCAGCAAGACGAGUCCGUUCUCGCGCGAUUCCUACACCCAUGCCUUCUCCAAUCAGGUCCUAGGAGUCUCGGGCCUCUGCCGUCUCGGUUAUGAAGCACCCGGCGCACCGUUCACGGUUAUUCUCGAAGAGCAUGGUAUUAAGACGGUAUGCGAGUUGAAUACGUACGAACCUGUUUUUCUCUCAGAUAUACCGUUCUCACGCGAGGACAUUGUAAUGAAAGUCAUCAUGCGGGCCUCGUACCUCUUGGAUGCGAUUGACGAGCUAGGGACGAGUAAUCCACAAGUCAUCACACUUGCGGCCCAGAAGAGAGCUUUCACCGUUUCUGCAUCUAGUCCUCUCGGAAGUGCAGUUGUCGAAUUUCACCGCGAUGCAAAAGCCUCCAGGCAUAAGAACCCCACACCUCGUUCACAUGAUGACGAUGGACGAGGUCAGACCGAAAGUGACAGCGCCACAACAGGUCUCUUGGAGACUUUUUUACUUGCGCCUUCGACAGAUGGGGCCUUUUCUCAAUCCUAUAAAUUCGCUCACGUCGCCGCCAUUAGAAAAGCAUUGCAAUCGGCCAUCAAGGUCAGUGUUCGUGCGGAUCACCAAGGCGUCCUCAGUCUGCAGUUUAUGAUUGAGAAUUUGGAAGGUGGUGGGGUCAGCUUCGUGGAUUUUCGGUUUGUGCCUCUUCUAGAUGACGAAGGUGAAAGGGUUGCUCCGGACGACAGUGAGGACGACGAUGAUGAAGAGCCGGAAGAAGAAUAG